UUGAUGAUACUAGGAAUGUACUAUCUGCAGCUCUUUCCAAGCUUGAUCCCGAGGAUUCAUUUAGCAUUAUAGCUUUUAAUGGAGAGACUUAUCUGUUCUCGACAUCGAUGGAAUUAGCUGCCAAAGAGGCAGUCGAAAGGGCCACUGAAUGGAUGAACAUGAAUUUUGUUGCCGGUGGUGGAACAAAUAUUUUGCUUCCACUAAAUCAGGCAAUAGAAAUGCUAUCUAAUGCUCGGAGUUCAACUCCUAUCAUUUUCCUUGUUACUGAUGGGGCUGUUGAAGACGAGAGACAAAUAUGUGAUGUGAUGAGAACUCAUCUAAAAGACAGGGGAUCAAAAUGUCCGCGUAUAUACACUUUUGGAAUAGGUGUAUUCUGCAACCACUAUUUCUUGCGGAUGCUUGCUAUGAUCAGCAGGGGGCAUUAUGAUGCUGCCUACGACGUAGAUUUGGUGGAAGCUCGGUUAGAGAAACUAUUUUUCAAAGCUUCAUCUGUGAUUCUUUCGGAUAUAACCUUUGACUCAUUGGAUAACCUCGAUGAUCUUGAGGUGUUCCCUUCCCACGUUCCAGACCUUUCCUCUGACGGUCCGAUAAAUGUAUCUGGUAGAUACCGGGGAGAUUUCCCGGACACUUUCAAAGCUAAAGGUGUCUUAGCCAAUUCGAAUACCUUGGUGAUAGACUUGAAAGUACAUAAUGCAAAGGACAUACCACUCGACAGGGUAAG